AGAUUGAGAGGGAGGGAGAGGAAGAGCAAAAGCAGGAGCAAGUGAAUAUUUCUCUCCUCACUCUGUGUGCUUUUCUGCUGCCGUUCUCAUGAACAUGGAGUCAUCUUAUCAGCAGGUAACACAGUGAUCUGACUCCAGGAAAGUGUCAUGAGCACCGAGAAGGAGCGUGACGUCCUGAACGAGGAGGAGGAGGAGAAGGAGGUGAAGGAGGAGAAGAAGCAGGAGCCGUCGGAGGAGCAGGAGCUGGAGGAGCUCCGGGCGCAGGUGCUGCAGCUCCUGCUCGAGCUGGAGGAGGCUCGAGACACGGCGCAGAAACACGAGGAGAGCUUUCUGGAGCUCCAAGGUCUUCUCGAUGAAGAACGUUUAGCUAGUGCUCAUCAGGCCGAGGCCUUCACCAGACAAAUCCAGCGUUUGCAAGCCCAGCUUCGUUCAGUCCAGGAGGAGAUGGACAGUCUGGAGGAGGAGAAGGAGAGCGAGCUGCUGGAGGCGCAGGAGGAGCUGCGGGCGGCACAGGAGGAGGUGCUGGUGCUGCAGCAGGCGUCGGAGGAGGCUGCGGCUGAGAGGGAGAACGAUAUCGCCAGUCUGCAGGAGGAGCUGUGCCGCUUACGGGCUGAAAUCGGACGGCUGGAGGACACCGGACAAGAGUAUGAGCUUGAGAUGGUCACACUCCGAGCUGAAAUAGAGAUGAAGAGCCAGAGCCGUCUACAGCAGAGGAAGGAGGGUGAUGUGGGUCAGUUAACGGUAGAUUGUAAGAGUCUGAAGGAACAGUGUCAGGCACUGCAAGAAGAAAACACUAGACUGGCUCACAGACUGCAGAUGCUGCAGAAGAGGAGUUCAGGCAGUUCCUGCGUCACUCUUAAAGAAGAACAUGAGGAGGGAACAGAGACGGAAACCGAAGUUUCUUUUAUGAGCGUGGAUCAGAUGAGCUCCACCUGCAGGCUGGUGGAUGCUGGAAUCCAGAAGAAUAUCUCGUUUGAUGGGAAACCAGUCACCCCGACUAGCUGGACGGGAGGAUUUCCAGAGAUCCUCUCGCUGAGAGACCAGCUCAAACAAACUGAAGAGAAGGCCACGCACAAGCAGAGAGAGUGUGACGGACUCAAGAAUGAACUCCAGAAUCUGCGGGAGAUGUAUGAGACGAGUCAAAAGGAACGAGCUGAGCUGGAGCUGGAGUUGUUGCGCUGCCGGGAAGAGCUGGAGAGGACCACUGACGUCAAAGAGGAAUGAUGCUGAUAAAAAAACCCACUGAUUUCUUAUUGAUGGUCUAAACUGUAUACUAUAUAUAAAGAGUAAAAGAAACCAUGACCAACACUCAUCACAGCCUCUACAGUGACAUCUGGAGUUGUUUUUUUGUGUGUCCUUUUGUCCUUCUGCAAUAAUAACAACCCUUUAAGAUAAAAAAAAAUGUCCCACUAUAGAUCACUUAAGUUCAGUUCUGGUCCACAAACGACCACAAAUUCAAUCUCUCUUAUAGUUUUACUCUAACAUCUCACCUGUACUUUAUAUUAGUUUAGCAAAAGUUUUAAUGACGUUUUAGAUUUGUUCACCAUUUAGCUGCCGUGUUGUGUUGUGGGUUUGUUGUAAAUACAUAUGAAAAGUCUAUAUUGAAUAUUGAAUACGAAUUAGAGUAAACAUUGUAGUUCAGAUUGAAAAAAGUCUGAAGUUUGUUAAACAGCAACAAAUAAAAAGAGAUUAAAUACUAUUAAUUAACUGCUAUUUUACAUCAUGUUUUUUUUGUGCUGUCAAAUUAUUAAACCGCAUCCAAAAUAAAGGAUUGUAUUUACAUUAUACGUAUAUGUGUGUGUACUGUGUAUAUUUAUAUUUUUUAUAUAAAUAUAAAACUUACAUAACAUGAAAAAAUAUACAAACAAAAAUAUUUACAUAUAUAUUUAUAUUAGAUAUGAAUAUUUGGCAUAUAAAUAAACAUUUUCAGAAAUAUAUACAUAUGCGUUUACACAGUAAACAACCAUGUAAAUACAAACUUUUAUUUUGAAAGCAAUUAGUCAUGACAGCACUGGAUAUUUUAUGGCUUUCACACUAUAAUCUUUUUGCAUUUUUUUGUGUGUUAAAGCAUGAGGCAACUAUAGCACAAUAUAGAUGACUGUAUAUAGAUUUAUACAUUGACAAGAAUGUGUUUUUUUAACAAAUUGUCUAGUUCUGGAAAAAACAAAACUGAACUGAACUUUAUUUGCAUAAGCACUUCCGUAAAAUGAGCUAUGAAUUUAGUUACUCUGAAAGUCCUUAAUAAAAACAAAAUAUAUCCUCAUUGUGAAACACUUUGAAUGAACAUUAUAUUCACUCUCAGGCUGUUUAAGGUUCAUCUUUAAACUGACCUGUUUAUGGAGCAACUGAGGUACAAGCUGUAAAGACUCCGCCCUAUUUUAGAAAAGGGGCGGGGAGGCACUGCUCAUUUGCAUAUAAAGACUCACACUCACACACACAAUCCCUUUUUCUCAUGUUGAAACAGACUGACAUCAUUUUUAGCCAAUGAAUAGUAGACUCUGAGCCGAACUGUUUAGAGCUCUUAAAGCCGAAAGACUAUUUAAAUAUUUUUUGCUUUCAAUAAAUGAGAUUUAUUGUUAAACCCAUUGUUGUGUAAAGAUAUAAUUUAUAUUUAAAUAAUAUACAUAAAAACCCAAAGGCUAUUGAUUAUUGGUUUUUGUCAUUAUUGUUUCAUUAAAUGAUUAUUUAUUUAAUAAUUUUUUGUGAAAGUGGUACCAAAAAUUGUUGUAUUUAAAUUAGUCAACUUUAGGAUAUUUGUAUAUUUUGCAUAGUUAUUUCUAGAUCAUGAUUUUGUUUAAUGUACCCACGUAAUAAAUGAACAGAUUUGACUGUAUUCCUACAUUUGACGAAGGCAGACAAGCUGAUGUUCCUGCCUUCAUAUAUUCAUCAUUUCUGUGUGUUUAUGUGUUCAAAUAUGGAAACUUUUGACCACGGCACUUUUAAAAAUAAAAUUUCUUUGACAGAU